GCUUCCUGCUGUCAUCUUCUAAGGGUGCCACACUUAACAUUGUCCCACAACUUCAGAAUGGAUGGAAAGAAAGUUGGAUUUCUUCUUGAAAGAAAAUACAAAUGAAGAUACAACCCUUCAGAAUCUUUGGGAUACAACCAAGGCUUCCCAGUUGACUGCCCAGGAGGCACAACAGGUGAACAUCUGGAGUGCUCUCUGGACUCUUGGGCAACACCUUAUAUACCUGGGAGGUGGAGUCAAGGUGGAUUCUGCGCAUGCUCUGGAUUCAUUCUCGUCCAGCAGUCACCAAAGAAGGAGCUUGUGUUCGCGGCUCCUGGAAGAAGGCCCCAAUCGGCGGGAUGACUCCAUGGCUCGGCCUUGGGUGGUCUCUGUCAGUCAUAGUUCGGCCGGGAAGUCAUCUGGAUCGCCGGAUUACUCCCUUGGUGGCUCUGGAGGUUCGGAUGUCCUGCGGUGGUCGGUCAGAUGUCCAGACAGUUCGAUUCGACGCAGAAGUCCAGGCCGAAGCCCUCGCUGGCUGGACAAUCUGGGUGUCUCAGAACGGAUCGCUGGGUCGGUGAACAUCUGGAGUGCUCUCUGGACUCUUGGGCAACACCUUAUAUACCUGGGAGGUGGAGUCAAGGUGGAUUCUGCGCAUGCUCUGGAUUCAUUCUCGUCCAGCAGUCACCAAAGAAGGAGCUUGUGUUCGCGGCUCCUGGAAGAAGGCCCCAAUCGGCGGGAUGACUCCAUGGCUCGGCCUUGGGUGGUCUCUGUCAGUCAUAGUUCGGCCGGGAAGUCAUCUGGAUCGCCGGAUUACUCCCUUGGUGGCUCUGGAGGUUCGGAUGUCCUGCGGUGGUCGGUCAGAUGUCCAGACAGUUCGAUUCGACGCAGAAGUCCAGGCCGAAGCCCUCGCUGGCUGGACAAUCUGGGUGUCUCAGAACGGAUCGCUGGGUCGGUGAACAUCUGGAGUGCUCUCUGGACUCUUGGGCAACACCUUAUAUACCUGGGAGGUGGAGUCAAGGUGGAUUCUGCGCAUGCUCUGGAUUCAUUCUCGUCCAGCAGUCACCAAAGAAGGAGCUUGUGUUCGCGGCUCCUGGAAGAAGGCCCCAAUCGGCGGGAUGACUCCAUGGCUCGGCCUUGGGUGGUCUCUGUCAGUCAUAGUUCGGCCGGGAAGUCAUCUGGAUCGCCGGAUUACUCCCUUGGUGGCUCUGGAGGUUCGGAUGUCCUGCGGUGGUCGGUCAGAUGUCCAGACAGUUCGAUUCGACGCAGAAGUCCAGGCCGAAGCCCUCGCUGGCUGGACAAUCUGGGUGUCUCAGAACGGAUCGCUGGGUCGGUGAACAUCUGGAGUGCUCUCUGGACUCUUGGGCAACACCUUAUAUACCUGGGAGGUGGAGUCAAGAUGUAAAUGGAUGAAAUUUGGAAUCAAAUUGGUUAAAGAAGUGUGAGCAAGUGUACUUAUUUAAUACCGGACCAAACCUUUGCCCUUAAAAGAUGUAUUUUAUGUUUAAGAUGUUUAAAAAUAAAUAAAAAAAUAUUU